AUGGCAGCCGCUGCGUGUGCCGGCUCUGUGCCGUCUCAGUCGUCUCCUGUGGUGACCCCGGCGAAGGCGUCGGGCCCGUUCUUUUCUCUGUCUCUCUCCUCCACGGCCUCGCAGGACAGCUCACCUUCUGCAGCCUCCGGGGUCGGCAACUUCUUCCCGUCUCACUCGACCGGCAUGCCCUCGCCUGCAAAUCUGUUUACCGCGGCGGACUCUCCGUCGUCUCUGCUCGAGCUGGGCGUCAGUGCCCAGAGCCUUCUGGGUGCGCAGGGGCGCGCCGCCUCGCCUUCUGGGCUCCAAAUGGGCCAGGGCGCCCCCCAGCAGGGCCCCCAGGGGCUGGGCCCAGACGGCAGCCUGGACGCGUCUGUGGGGUCACUGGAUGCUCUGGGCGGGACGGGGCCUGCGCACUCAGCCUCGAACGUUUCCGUGUGUCAGUCUUCGUGUUUUCCGGGCCUGCUGCCUCCCUUCAACUCUGGAGGCGCCGGCAUGCAGUUUCGCGGGCAACUCCACAUGCCCUCCUUCUCCUCAGAUCUCUCACUCGGGUCACAGCCCGGCGCCGCGUCUCGCGCGCCGCACGAGGGGAGCUUUCUCCCGCAGCUGUCGGGUAUCGGGGGACUCGGUGGCCCCCAGGGGUUUCCGGCAUUCUCUUCGUUUGGGGGAGUGGACGCCGCACGCGCGGCUCUUUUCUUCGCUCAGAAUUCGUGUCCACCACAGUCGUUGGCCUGCCAGAACGGCGCAGUGCCGCAGCCCGGGGUGUCUCCGGGCGCGGCAGGCCCGCCUAACGUUGCGUUGAGUCCUGCGGGCCCCAACCCGCGCGCUUCGGCAGCCGCGGGCGCGGUCGGGGCGAGCGGGCCCGAAAGCCCCGGGAAUUUCAUAACAGCACCGCAGCCCGCGAUGUCUCUGUUCGGGAGCGGCCCCGCAGGCCUGCCUCCCGCUGAACAGUCACACAGCUUUUUGGAUGCCUCGUCGAAUGUGGGGACUGUCACGAAUUUCUCGAUGCAGUCCCCGACCAACUACGGUGUGUACCCGUUCGGAGCGGGCGUGGCGCCGCAGGCGUCAGGAUGUCCGGGCCCGUGGCCUUCGUCUUCCCUAUCUCUGAAUCCCUCUCCUCGGUUGCCCUCGAGUGUGCAAAGCCCCGAGGUUUUCGCACCCGAGGGGGCGCAGGCCCUACCGAGCCUGGGGGUCGUGCCGGGGAGCCCAGGCUGCCCCGCGGCGCCACCGGCCCUGGUGCCGCACAGUUCUAUCCAGGGACAGCGGCGGGAGGGAUCCGUGCAUGCGCAGCCGUCCCUUCAAUCUCCCCUCCCGACCGCGGGGACGGUGAAUCGGGGCAGCUCGCCGGCCGCGGCGGGGCUUCCCGUCGCGAGUCCUUCGGGCGCAGACGUCGGCGCGGGGGCCGAGACCCCCGGCGCAGACACCGCAGAGUCGAUUCCGAGCAACGCACUGCCGAAGAAGUACAGUGGCAUUUGGUUCGAUCCGCAGCAGAACUGCUGGCGGGCGUCUUGGGUCUGUGCCACAAGUGGAAAACGCAAGUUUCGAUACUUUUCCGCGGCCAAGUUCGGGCACCGCCACGCUUUGCAACUUGCGAAAGUCACAAAGGAACGGGCCGUUGAGAGAAAGAAGAUUCGUCUACCCUCGGCCGCGAGCGGCCGCGGCCCGGCGCAUCCGCCUGGUGGCACUCUCGUGGCGACGCCGAAGCUAGAUCCCGCGGAGUUGGGCUCCAAAGCCUUCUCGAGUGAAAAGCCAGGCGACAGUCCAGUCCCGAGCCAACAGGCUCCCGUGACGGCCCCGGUCAAAGCCGAAGAUGCGAAGGAGGGGCCCGCGCCUGCCGCGCCGGCAGGGCUGGAGGUGCCAGGCACCCCGGAAAUUCAAGCGACACCAUGUGAGAUGCUCGUGAAGGAUGAAGGCUCCCUCACGGCGGGGCCAGGAGGCCCUCAGCCCGUCAGCGACCCGCCCACGGCCGAGGGCGCCUCGCCAGCACGCGACGAGGACGGCAAACGGCCGGGGGGCGCUCUGGAUCCUGUUGCCCUCGCCGAGAAGGCUCGCGAAAUGCUUAAGGUCCCCGGAGUCUACUACGACAGCGCGCGAAUGAUCUGGAGGGCUUUCUGGCAUGAAGGCGGCCGCCGAGUGAUCCGGUACUUUACGGUGAACAAGCAUGGGUUCCAGCGCGCCCACGAACUUGCCCUCCUCACGCGGCGUCAAGCAGCGAUGGCCAUGCAGCAGCGCCGGAGACAGUUGACGGCGGGCCUUGUUCUCGCUGUGAACUGUGGGACGGGGCCAGCGAGUCCGGGGACCCCCGCGCCUCCGGGCAGUGUGGAGUCCAAGGACGGUGCGGAGAAGGGCGAGGGCCUGAGCAACGUCCGUGCGUCGCCGGGACUGGCGGCUGUGGGACUGGACGCUUUCGCCGGCGGGAUGAACACGGGCCUGCAGACGAGUGGAGGCGCGCCGCAUGCGGCUGAGUGUGUGGCCCGUCCCGUGUGCAAUUGUGGGCAGAUGGACGGGAUGCAUGCGCAUGGGUGCCAGUUGCUCUUGUCGCAGGACCGAGGCCUGGGUUGCGCGGUCCCUGCUGCGCCCCCCUUUCUCGCGCCCAGCCAGGGCGUGAUGGCACCGGGCGUCCCCGGCGCGUACCCGAGCGGCCAGCCGAACUACUACCCGGCGACGGGGCCCAGGGGCGUGGGGUUUCCGGCGGGGGCCCCGAGGCCCGGAAACUUUGACCCGGCCCUCGGGGGCGCGCCUGCGUCUGCGACCUUCCCUCCCCCGUCUCCGAACGGCACGACGGCGACAAGCUCCAGUGGAGGGGGCGGCGGGUGCCGCGUGGACUACCUGGAGAGAGUUGCGCAGCUCCCGAAGGAAGAGCAGGUAGAGUGGAGCGAGGAACUGAAAGCCUGGGUAGUCACGCCCUUCCCGCAGGGCAGCGGCCUGUUGCUCAAGGGGGGUGCCCGGGGGGCGGGGAGCGACAAGGGCGAGGGCGCCACGGCCCACGGGACGCGCCUCUCGCGCAUGGCCGACGGCCGAGAGAUCCUCAAGAUGUUCACCAUUCGCAAGUACGGCUUCCGCGUUGCGCGCGAGAUGGCCAUCGAGUGGCGCAACCGCCGCAGAGAAAAACUCCGGGUGGAAAGCGAACAGCAGCAAAUGCUCCAUCUCCGACACAAAGCCCCUGGCGCGAAAGGCACCAGAGACAACGCCGGUGGCGUCGCCCCAGGUCCAGCCGUCCCCGCCUUGGACCCCGUCCAUGCCAUCAACACGGCACCCACCCCGACGGGAGCGAAUCCGGCUCUGCAGGCGGAAACUCGUCGUGCAGCGAGCCCAAGUUUCUCGGCGUCGACGUGUUCGUCGAAUCCCAGUUCGCCGCCGAAUUCCUCAGGCCCGCAUCAACAGAAUUUGAGACAUCUGAUGGUCUCAGCAACGGGCACGGGGUUCGGCGCGUGCGACCCAUCUGGUCUCUCGUCACCUUUCAUGCAGGUGAACAUCCCCUGUGUGGGGGGGCAGAAGAUGCCUCCCGAGACACCGAGCGCAAGUGCCUCUUCUCUUUCUGGCUACAGUAACCCGCUCUCGUCCCCUCAUCUGGCGUCUCAGAGUCCUCUCUUCUUGCAGGCGCCAAGCGGAGGCCCUGCAGGCGUGGUGUCUCCGCUGUCACAGUUCCCCACGGGUCUGGGGCCGACCCCGCAGGCGGCACCGGGUGGGUCUCUGGGGACGCCUCAGGGGGCGGCUUCGGCAGGCCUCUCGGGGGCAGGUAACUCGGCAUCGUCGAUGGUCGGCGGUUCCGUAGGUCUGUCUGCGACUGCGUCGGGGUCGGGGGCGUUCUUGGAACCCCCUGAUGCCCGCAGCAGUCUGCCUGCCGGAUGUGGGGACCUAGUCCGCACGGGCAUGGGUGAACCGGUGCCCGAAUCAGGCGUUUUGUCGCAGACUCCCGCAGCGUCGGCGGCGAGUCUGCCAUCGACUCUGGGAUUUGUGAAGCCUCCGGAGCCCUCGUCUGUCCCGGGCAGCAGCGAGGUUCCCUCCACUCGGGACUGCCCUGCCAACUGGCUGCUUCUCCCGGAUGGAAGCCCGCGGUGUCCUCGAACCGGCGAGGAGACAGGAGACACGUCGACGCCUUUCGUGUCCCAGCUGUUCGAUCCGAAAGUGGGGACCUGGCCGUCGCCCCAGGCAGCUGCGCCCGACACUGUGUCACGCCCCGUGGGGAACCCCGGCGCGGCUGGAGCCUCUGGGUCUUCUCUCGCCUUCUUCCCGUCUCCGCCGACUUCCCUCUCCUCUUCCACGUCGUACCCUUGUCCCCCGACGUCCCCCGCGGUGCCGUCGCUUCCUCACUCGAUGCCUCCGUGCACACCGUCGCCAGGUGACGCCUCAAAAAAACUGUCGGGACCAGAAAAGUCGCUUCUUCCAGUUUCGCAAGUCAGUGUGCCUCCAGAGGGGUUCGGACUUUGCGCGCCUUCUGAGGGCUUCCUGCCUUCGUCCUCCGACGGCUUCUUCCUUCCACCUGGCGGCGUGCCCCAGGCGGCGACAGCUGCGGCGGCCGCGGCCCUCGCGGGCCCGCCGCCCUCGCAACUUCUUCUGCAGCAGCAACGGGAGCAGCAGUCGAGGCGAAGGCGAGAAGGAGUUCGGGACGAUGGCGCGAAGAAGGAAGAGGAGAGCGAGGAAAACGGCGGGAGCGUCGGGGAGGAAGGCAGCAGCGUGGAGGCUGUCGGCGUGAUGCGGAACGCCGUCUCUCACGUGUUGAGGAACUUGCAGGAGGUGUGUAUCCCGGGGCUCCUCUGCAGCUGCUCGCUGGAGUCGGAGAUUUUCAACUACCUCGCUGCGCGCCUAGACGAGUGGACCAAGGCGGUCCACGCCCACCGCCAGCUGUGCGCCUCUGUGCUGUCGAAUCCGAAGGUCGAGAAAGCCGGGCCAAAGGAGUCAGUGAAGACGGAGGGCGACGAGAAGGGACCAGGCGGGAAGCCCGGCGACGCCGGGGCGAACGACGCGAAGGAGCUGAGCACCGACCCCGCCACAGACCCCCAGGCCGCAACUAUGGUUCUGGCUCCGUACCUGAAACUGUUUGCCCAGUGCAUCCGGAAAAACCGGUUGCCAAACGAAAUGGAGCCGGAGGUCCAGGUGCUUCUCCUCGACGCUCUCGUCCACUUGGGGGCCCUGUCGGGCUUCGGCGGCCAGACGCCGCCUGCAGACGCAGCCGCAGACGGUGCGACUGGGACAACAGAGCCGGACCAGGUCGCAAAGGGCGGAGCUGUGGGGAUCCAGCAGUAUCCGAAGGCAGUGGAGCAGGCUCAGUGAACGGCGAGAGGGGCAGAAGUGGGUUGGACCCCGCGGCUGUCUGUCGCUGUGUCAAUAGUCGCAGAGAGAUUUGGGUCGUCGAUAUGGCUGUGGAAAUUAGGGGGUGAUAAGUGUGCGGAGACGAGACACUUUUAGACGUGGACAAGAGGACUCUGCGCGUGCAUGAGACAGGUAAGAACCAGAGGGCGCAGUCGUCUCGGGUGAGCGAGGAAAGGCUUCACCGAAGACGAGUGGACGGCAAAGACAGGUCCGGAAGGCAGAUUGCCACCUCCGCGUUGCUCCAUUUCUCGGCUCCUUCAGAGCUCGAAGCCUGGAGGCUCGAGCGAACUGGCGAGGGAAGACAGACGGAACAAGACAGCUUUCUCGGUGACUCAGACGGCCACGUGGACGGGAAUGCUCGAAACAUAAGCAGAAACCCUCUGACGGGGAAGUUUGAAUGUAGCGACAGUUGAAGGCAGACCCGAUGCGCUCGCAGAGUGCGGACGACCCUGUCAGCAAAGGUUGUAAAAUCGCGAGAGCCGUUUUUGGUGGCAGAGGGCUGGGGGGGUCCG